AUGGCGUUGUUGACAACGAAAUCGUGAACUGUUGUCGGUGCCCGUUGUGUACCACUUGUUCAGUCAUACGACUGUCAUUCCGCUUUGCGUAAAAACAUCAACAGCCUUGAUGGAAAAUUUGAUAUAAUAAUAAGAAUGCCUCGUGCAAAUCUAAAAGGACGCAGCACAGGUGACCGAGUGAUUCGGUUCAAGUGUUCCCUGCAGAACACAAUACUAGAUGUCCUGCGUGCGAGACCGGGCUGGCAGGAGGUUACGGGUAGCCAUGGCGACUGGGACUUCCUGUGGUGUGACAAGGAAUGGGCUAGAGAACAUUAUGACUGUCUCUACUUCCCGGAGAAUUCCCGGGUCUCACACUUCAGAAACUUUUAUGAGUGAUGCGGAGUGGGACAUCUACUGGUGUGACGUGUGGUGGAUGAGAGAGACAUUUGACCACGCCUACCUUGACGAACACAUGAAAAUUAACCACUUUCGAAACCACUAUGAGUUGACGAGGAAGAACCUGAUGGUGAAGAACCUGAAGAGGCUGCGGAGACAUAUGGAGAGAGAGUCAGGGAAACUGGAGGCACAGAAAUGUGAUUUCUUCCCUACAACAUAUGAGCUACCGUCGGAGUACCACAUCUUUGUGGACGAGUUCCGACGCAACCCCGGGUCCAUCUGGAUCAUGAAGCCAAUUGCAAAGUCCCAGGGGAAAGGCAUCUUCCUCUUCAAGAGACUCAAAGACAUCACUGACUGGAAAAAGGGUACAGAGUACCAGCCUAUAUCGGACGCCAACAAAGAAGGCCCCGAGACGUACGUUGUGCAGCGCUACAUCGAGAACCCAUACCUGAUUGGGGGACGCAAGUUUGACAUCCGUGUCUAUGUUCUAGUCACCUCGUACAACCCGCUGCGUGUGUGGCUGUACAGGGACGGCUUUGCUCGCUUCUCAAACACAAGGUUUUCUCUGGAGUCUAUCGAGAACAAUUAUGUUCAUCUGACAAAUGUAGCCAUCCAGAAGACAGCCCCGGACUACGACCCCGAGAAGGGAUGCAAGUGGUCGACACAACAACUCCGACAGUACCUGACGGCAAGACACAAGCGGGAAGAUGUGGAGAAGAUGCUGAACCAGAUGCAAGAGGUGUUUAUUCUGAGUCUGCAGAGCACACAGAAGAUCAUGAUCAAUGACAAGCACUGCUUCGAGCUGUAUGGCUAUGACAUCCUACUGGAUGCCAAGCUGAAACCCUGGCUGCUGGAGAUCAAUGCGUCACCGUCACUCACAGCCAGCAGUAAGGAAGACUAUGACCUCAAGUUCGGAAUGCUCAAUGAUGUCAUCAAUGUUCUUGAUAUGGAAAAUCGACUGACGGGGAAGGAGAAGCGUAUUGGAGGAUUCGACUUCAUCUGGGACGACGGCCCCGUAUACAUCGAUGACUCCGUCAACUCUGACAGCAUCAUCAACAGCAUGGGCACUACCAUCAACUCCUUCCUAGGUUGUCAUAAUGAACGACGUCAAAACCUGAAGCAAAUCUACCAGACAGCCAGUGUAUCCAAGAAGCCAUGAACACAAAAUGAACGCAACUUGAACACAACAUGAACGCAAGAGGCAGACAAAGUGAACCCAUUCAUUUCUCUAAACCUUUCACCAGUAGCUCUGUUCUGCAAAAAGUAGGUUUUGUUGUUACAAGUAUGAGUGACAUGUGUCACUAGUGGUGAGCUACAGGAUUUUACACUCUGAAUGGACUUCUGCAUACUGAGACCAAAUGUCAAGACGUGUGCAUGAAAAGUUCAGUGAGUAAAAUCUAGUGACACAUGUAACAAAUUUAUCGGUACAAAGAAGUAUUUUUGUGUGAAGAUAGGAACCAUCUUGGGACACAGAAGCAUGUGACGUCACAUCCAACGAUAGGACAUCAUAAAAAAAAAAACUAAAUAAAAAAGACAAUAGGACGUCGUGAU